AUUAGCUUCACCGUCCAUCUCACCUGUCAACAAAUUUACUAGUAGCAACUGGUAAGAACUGAGAUUGCAAAAAAACUUUCCUAUACGGAAUCGCCGUCUUUUCUUGGCACCAAAGUCCAAGCAAAUCCUAUCUCUCCCACGUUUGUUUGAAUAUUGAACUUUGUUCAUUUGAAAAAAAAAAGGCCGUUCGCCAGGAUAGUAAACGACCACCCCACACAAAACCUUCGCACCCAAACACCGCGGUCCAACUAUCGGGAAGGCCUUUCCGAUUUCUAGAAACAUCAUAUUAUGGCGCCCUUAAUGCGCCUCGUUCGAACGCAAUCUCUUCGCGUUCCUCAACGGUGGGCCCGUGGAUAUUCAUCAACAACGGAACCACGGUCCGCACAUUCUCAAUGGUAUGCAUCCAUGUUGCCGGGUAUGAUUCCGGUGGCUCUUUUGGGCUCUGCUGUGUACUUGGGGUUGCAGUUAUUACGGAGCCAGCUGGAUCACGAGAAAUUUCUAGAUGAAGCACGAGAACAAGUACGUCAACUCGAAGAAGAGGUGGAUAGGCUACAGCAGGAACGGGCCCUACAACGGCCGGCAGUCUCAUCAUCACCCAACCCUGCCUCUAAGUGGUGGCCGUGGUGAUUUUCAUAUAGUAAUACGUGUAACCAUCAUCUAGGAUUCAUAGUAAAAUUCAACAGCCCAAACCCAUCAGUUUAUCUACAAUAAAUAAAUACACGAGCAAGGCGAAAUCAAACAUUAUUAAAUCAGUAAAAGGUAUUAUAGAACAAUCAAAAUGCGUAUGCGAUGCGAGGUGAUGGGUAGUAACAAAAAGAUGCAUGAUAACACAGAUGAAGCACACGAGGAACUGUCGAACGCUGGAAGCAUGUCAUGCGUAC